GUGAGCUCGCGCAGGCGCGGCGGGGCGGCGGCGGCGGCCAUGUCGGUGCAGGAGGACCCGGUGCAGCGGGAGAUCCACCAGGACUGGGCCAACCGCGAGUACAUCGAAGUGAUCACCAGCUCCAUCAAAAAGAUCGCGGACUUCCUCAACUCCUUCGACAUGUCGUGCCGGUCCCGGUUGGCCACCUUGAACGAGAAGCUGACGGCGCUCGAGCGCAGGAUCGAGUACAUCGAGGCCCGGGUCACCAAGGGCGAGACGCUGACAUAGGCCGGGGGCGGCCCCGGGCCCCCCGCCCCGCCGAAGCACCGCCGCCCCGCGCCCUGCUCGGGACCUGCCACCGCCGCUUGUGUUGCCAAUAAACCGCUGUGCUCCUGC